AUGCUCUCGAUUGAGGAGGUGAGGGCAAAAACGCUCUCGAGUGAGGAAAAUGACCUUCUCCAAAGGUCGAACAAAAAAUUCAAGCGAGUGGAAUCUCCAAGAGAUAGCCUAGAUGUAUCCAUGGUACCGAAUACUAUGGAAGAGGAAAACAAUCUGAAUAAGACUAUUUCGUAUAGUCAAGCAACAAGAGGGUUUGGAGGUUUGAGAAACCCUUUGUUUGAAGGGGAUGCUACAGAAGUGGAGCACAUCUCGGAUGAUGAGCAAGACUCUAAAGAGGAUAUGGGGGAUUCAUCAUGCCCUAUCAUCAAGUUAACGAAAGAAGAAAAAAGGAGAAUCAGAGUCCCUUGGAAGAACUCUUUGAUUAUCAAGUUAUUUGAUAAGAAACUGGGUUACGAAGUUUUGAUGCGGAGAUUGAGGGAGAAAUGGACUUUGAAGGGGGAGAUAACGUUAACUGAUGUUGGGCAUGCCUAUUAUGUGGUUCGCUUCAGUAACAUGGAAGAUUAUGAUUUUGUCUUAACUCAAGGCCCCUGGAUGAUAGGGGAGAGCUAUCUUACGAUUCGCAAAUGGGUGCCAAAUUUCAUUGCAGAUGAGGCUCCCAUUAAAACUCUCACUGCGUGGGUGAGAAUUCCUCAUCUGUCUGUUGAGUAUUUUGACAAGCAGAUUCUGCAUAAGAUUGGUUCCAAGAUAGGCAAGGUGAUUAAAAUUGAUAGAAAUACAGCUUCGAUGGAUAGAGGUCAAUAUGUGAGGUUUUGCAUCGAAGUGGAUCUAUCCAAACCUUUGUUGUCAAAGUUUAAAUUGAACAAGAGGACGUGGAUUAUUCAGUACGAAGGUUUGAAGAUGAUAUGUUUUAGCUGUGGCCACUUGGGGCAUAAAGAAGACAAUUGUCCUUAG